CUGAUCUGCAAACCAAACCAGAGCGAGGCCUUAGGUUGCAAUUGCAGUUACCCCUUCCACGAACUGCCAAACUCUGCGCUCCUCCUGAUUGGCUGAUUCCACUGCCACUACCCGCGAGGCUGCGAUGAGCGCCGCCGUGCCGCCGCCGGCGGAUCCCGCCGCGGCGGGGGAGAUGGCGCGGGAGGCCGCCGCGUGGUGCGCGCUGCACGGCCUCGUCGUUGGGGACCGCGCCGAUCCGGUGACCUAAUUCUCGGCUCUCGCCGCUCUUGUGUCUUCUACAAUCCUGUGCACAGCGCCGAUCCGCUGAGACUCUGCUCAGUGUCGUACUGUCAUGAGCAGAAUUAGAUCAGGAACAGUCCCUGGUGUAGGAUUGGUUCACGCUCCAUUCUCCCUGCUCCCGGCGCAUCUUCCAGAAACCUUUUGGAAGCAGGCGUGUGAGCUGGCUCCAAUUUUUAACGAGCUUGUGGAUCGUGUUAGUCUGGAUGGGAAUUUCUUGCAAGAUUCUUUGUCCAAAACAAGGCAGGUUGAUGAUUUCACAUCUAGGCUCUUAGAAAUUCACAGGAAAAUGAUGGAAAUAAAUAAGGAGGAGAAUAUUCGCUUAGGGUUGCACCGAUCAGAUUAUAUGCUAGAUUCAGAAACAAGUUCUCUUCUUCAAAUAGAGCUCAAUACCAUCUCAACAUCAUUUCCUGGGCUUGGUCCCUUAGUAAGUGAGCUUCACAGGACCUUAAUUAAUCAGUAUGGACGUGUAUUGAGCCUGGAACCAAAGAGGGUUCCUGGAAAUGCAGCUAGCAGUAAAUUUGCAGAAGCUUUGGCCAGAGCAUGGACUGAGUUUGAUGUUGACAGUGCUAUAGUUAUGAUGAUUGUUCAGCCUGAAGAAAGAAAUAUGUAUGACCAAUACUGGAUUACCAAAUAUUUGAAGGAAUCACAUGGCAUAACAACUAUUAGAAAAACAUUGACACAGGUGGAGGCUGAAGGGCAUGUUCUACCAGAUGGAACUCUUCUAGUAGACGGCAAGAAAGUUGCUGUGGUGUAUUAUAGAGCAGGAUAUACACCGAAUGAUUAUCCUUCAGAAGCAGAAUGGAGUGCGAGACUUUUGAUUGAACAAUCAUCUUCUGUGAAGUGUCCUUCAAUAUCAUAUCAAUUAGUGGGAACUAAAAGGAUUCAACAAGAACUGGCAAACCCUAAUGUUCUUGAAAGGUUCCUUGAAAAUAAGGAGGACAUUGCUAAGCUUCGUAAAUGCUUUGCUGGGUUAUGGAGUUUGGAUGAUGAAGAGAUUAUUAAAACUGCAAUUGAAAAACCUGAGUUGUUUGUAUUGAAGCCUCAACGUGAAGGCGGAGGGAACAACAUCUAUGGUCUUGAUUUGCGAGAAACACUUACCAGACUCCAGAAGGAAGGAGGGGAUGCGCUUGCAGCCUAUAUACUUAUGCAAAGAAUCUUCCCCAAAGCUUCUCUUGCUUACUUAGUUCGUGGUGGUAUUUGCCACGAGGGUCUUGUGAUUUCUGAGCUUGGAAUAUAUGGCUCUUACUUGCGGAGCAAAGAUAAGGUGAUAACUAAUGACCAAUGUGGUUACUUGAUGCGGACAAAAGUUUCUUCAUCGGACGAAGGCGGCGUUGCUGCGGGGUUUGCUGUUUUGGAUAGUUUAUACCUGACUGAUAAGGUGAUACACAAUUGAUCAACGUUUUCACCCAUUACUUUCCCUUAAAUAGAUAAAAAUUUUCUGAGUGUGAGGCUGUUGCUCAGCAGUCAGCAGUCUGAAAAUUCUAUUGUUCCACUCUUAUUACUACUGUUAGUAAACGUUUGCUAGUGACCUGGUCAAAACCAAAGGAGACUUAAGAAAAGUUGUUUCAUCAUAA